AUGAGUGACCCCCACAGCAAGGAAUGGUGGAAUGUGCCUGACUACUUCCACAGCCCACUGGUGUUUUACAUGAAAGAGGACCAGGAAGAUUACAUAUUUGGCCCUGAUGAUGAAUACCUUCACACCCUGGAGGUCCACAGCAACACCCUCAUCCAGCUGGAGAGAUGGUUCACACCCGCAGGCCAAACCCGAGUCACUGUGGUGGGGCCACUUAAGGCAAGGCUGUGGGUGAUGGACAUGAUCAGAAAAGUGGGGAGUAAGAACACUUUGGAGAAAAUUAAAGGCAAGAUGAUGCUACUCCAUAUCCGGACUUAUCCUCUUUCGGCUCAAGACCUGCAGAUUCAUCUGAUACCAGGGAGCCGUGGUUGGUCCUGCUUGAGUGAUUGGACUUCUGUGGUAGUUCCUAGUUACUUGACGUUUCCUUUGACAGUUGUUUGGGGUUUCGGUUCCAAGUUGUUGUGUGACAUUAUUUCUGGGGAGGUCAUGGAGACAUACACCUCCGAAGCAUUGAGGAACACAGCAACACCCUCAUUCAGCUGGAGGGAUGGUUCUUACCCUCAGGCAUAUUGCCCCACAGGAGCCUUUAUCGUACAAGGACUCUACCGCUUUAAACUAGGAAAGAGGCUUCAUGUCUUGGACCAGAAUGCAAUGGAAGAAAUUUCAGAAAAUGGUUGA